AUGGAAAAAUUUGACCUUGAAGAUAUAGAGGCGAGGAAGACUCAGACAAACAAAAGGUUUGGAAGCUCUUACUCUGCACCAUUUUCCAAACGAAACAAAGGUUCAAGAUUCCGUCUUAGUUCAGAAUGUAAGAUUUGUGUAAGGAAACAUCCGGUUCAAUGUUGGUUUGAUGACAAAAAAUGCUUCUACUGUGGUAAAGCUGGGCAUUUUAGAAGGAAUUGUGCAGAACUUCAUCCAGAUCUGACAAUAUCGGGAACUCAGAGGGGAAAAGGUGGCAAAGCAAGUAAACCUGGUACAUAUGAGGUUACAUCUAAUUGGGAAGACAGUAUUACUGAAAGAGUUUAUCACAUCAAGACUGAUGAUGAUAGAGAUGCUCCUGAGAGUAUAGCAGAUACCUUUUAUAUCUUUGAUGAACCUGUUUUUGUAUUGGUUGAUCUCGGAUCUACAUACUUGUAUAUUAGUGCAAAACUGGUUAGAGAUAAGGGAAUCUUUUUAGAACCUAUUUCUAGUGAUAUUGUGGUAAUCAAUCUAUUUGACCAUAGUGCGAAGAUUAGUCGGAUUUCUUAUGAAUGUCCGAUAAAGAUACAAGGAGUAGAAUUUCCUGUAAAUCUGUUAGAAUUGCCUUUUGAGUAA